UCACACGAGGACUGAUCAAGACGAGGCGAGUAACAAUGCUGAUGAAGAUAAUGAGAAGAUGUUGUGGAAAAUCACAAGUGGAGUUGAUAGGUGAGUUAGUUAAUGGUUCUGUCAACUUUUUUUUUCUUUCAAAAAUGAAUGAAUUUUUACUUUUUUCUUUUGGUUGUAUGCUUUGCAGAGAAGGGAGUACUGAACUUGGUGGUGUGGAAGUGAGGUUUGAGGACUUAACUGUUGAGGCGGAUUGCUUUGUGGGAGAAAGAGCUCUCCCUACGUUGCCAAACGCUGCUCGUAACAUUGCAGAAGCAGCCUUGAGUUGCUUUGGGGUGAAGCUGGCUGAGAGAGCAAAGCUUCACAUACUUAAACACACUUCUGGCAUCAUUAAGCCCUCCAGGAUGACUCUUCUAUUAGGACCACCUUCGUGUGGAAAAACAACCCUUUUGUUGGAUCUUGCAGGCAGGCUAAGCUCCGGCUUGAAGGCAAAUGGUGCAAUCACCUACAAUGGGCACAAGUUGUGCGAAUUCGUCUCACAGAAGACAGCAGCGUACGUCAGCCAGAACGACAUUCAUGUAGCCGAGAUGACUGUGGGAGAGACACUAGACUUCUCAGCAAAAUGCCAAGGGGUUGGAUCAAGAUAUGAGUUCUUGAAGAAGAUCACAAGAAGCGAAAGAGAAGAUGGGAGUAGUGAUAUCACUGACUAUGUUCUCAAGGUACUCGGAUUUGAGGAGUGUCGGGACACCAUCGUUGGGGAUCAGAUGCUACGGAGGAUCUCAGGCGGCCAGAAGAAGCGCCUCACAACAGGGGAGAUGAUUGUUGGGCCAUCCAAAGUGAUGUUCAUGGAUGAAAUAUCGACCGGCCUAGACAGCUCGACUACGUUUCAGGUGGUGAAGUGUAUGCAGCAGAUAGCACACCACACUGAGGCCACCAUACUGGUGUCCCUCCUUCAGCCAGAUCCGGAGACAUUCAACCUCUUUGAUGACAUCAUCCUCCUGUCCGAGGGCCACGCGGUCUACCACGCCCCGAUACAGCACGUUCUUGAGUUUUUCGAAGUGAAUGGAUUCCAAUGUCCCCAAAGAAAGGGAGUUGCUGAUUUCCUCCAAGAGGUGACAUCAAAGAAGGAUCAGGAGCAGUAUUGGGUGGAUACAACGACGUUAUACAGAUACGUGUCAGUGAGUGAAUUCGCAGAGAGAUUCAGGAAAUUCCAUGUAGGCAUCCGGCUUCAACGAGAGCUGUGUACCCCUUUUGACAGAAGCCAGAGUCCUAAAUCAGCUCUAGUUUAUGAUAAGAGUGUGGUGCCUCAGAGAGUGCUUCUCGCGGCGAACUUUGCCAAGGAGUAGCUUCUGAUAAAGAGGAAAUCUUCCUUCUAUGUUUGCAAGAUUGUCCAAAUUUUUGUUGUGGCAUUGAUUGCAUCAACUGUGUUCUUGAGGACUGGAAUGCAUACUGGGAACGAAGAAGAUGGGGCAGUCUACAUUGGAGCCCUCGUGUUUGGCAUGAUCAUCAACACGUUCAACGGAUACGUGGAACUCUCACUCGCUAUACAGAGACUUCCUGUCUUUUACAAACAAAGGGACCUUCUGUUUCAUCCAACUUGGGCCUUUGCCAUACCACAUCUUCUGCUGAGAUUACCGAUAUCCUUGUUUGAAUCUUUCGUGUGGACGGCCACGACUUAUUAUACAAUUGGAUUCGCCCCUCAAGUAUCCAGAUUCUUGAAGCAGCUGCUGUGGGUGUUUUGUAUCCAACAAACGGCUGCCGGGAUGUUUAGGCUCAUUGCGGGGAUAUGCAGGACGAUGGUCAUCUCCAAAACCGGUGGCUCGCUUACUCUUCUGCUCGUGUUCCUCUUGGGAGGCUUCAUCGUCCCUCUCGAUCAAAUUCCAAUCUGGUGGAGAUGGGGAUACUGGAUUUCGCCUCUUAGCUACGGGUACAACUCCAUUGCAGUGAACGAGAUGUUCGCCUCAAGAUGGAUGGAUGAACCUGCCUCAGACAAUGUCACGCGAUUGGGAGUGUCGGUUUUGAAGCAGUUCGAUGUUUUUCAAGACGAGAAGUGGUACUGGAUAGGCAUAAGUGCUCUCUUGGGAAUCACAACCAUCUUCAACAUAUUAUUUGUGAUUGCUCUCAUGUACCUAAACCCUUUCGAGAAGCCACAAGGUAUAAUAUCUCAAGAGCAGGCAAAAACAGAGGAAUUAUUCCAAUCAAGUUCAACAACAGAUGCAGAUAAGAGGGGGAUGGUUCUGCCCUUCACGCCUUUGGCCAUGUCGUUUGAAGAUGUGAACUACUACGUGGAUAUGCCACCGGUGAGAAGCCUCGUCCCUAUCCUUCUUCUUCAUGAGCUAACCGGCUCCUUUAGGCCCGGUGUUUUGACAGCACUGAUGGGCGUGAGCGGAGCAGGAAAAACUACGCUUAUGGAUGUUCUUUCCGGGAGAAAGACCCGCGGCUAUAUUGAUGGUGACAUUAGAAUAUCUGGUUUCCCAAAGAAGCAAGAAACUUUUGCAAGAAUUUCGGGAUACUGUGAACAGAAUGAUAUCCAUUCGCCUCAAGUAACCGUCCAUGAGUCCUUGAUAUAUUCUGCUUUCCUUAGGCUCUCUCGAGACGUUGGGGACGACAAGAAAAUGAUCUUUGUGAGCGAAGUCAUGCGUCUAGUCGAGCUGGAUAACCUCAAGGACGCGAUAGUAGGGAUCCCCGGUGUAACUGGACUGUCGACUGAGCAGAGAAAGAGGCUCACCAUAGCAGUCGAGCUCGUGGCCAAUCCCUCCAUCAUAUUGAUGGAUGAGCCAACUUCUGGUUUGGAAGCAAGAGCAGCAGCCAUUUUCAUGAGAACUGUGAGGAACACCGUGGACACGGGAAGGACUGUUGUCUGCACAAUACACCAGCCCGGGAUAGACCUGUUCGAAGCCUUCGAUGAGUUGCUUCUCAUGAAAAGAGGCGGACGAGUCAUCUACGCAGGACCCCUCGGCCUACAAUCACGAAACGUCGUAGAUUACUUCGAGGCAGUGCCCGGAGUUCCCAAAAUCGAGGAGCAACGUAAUCCAGCAGCGUGGAUGAUUGAAGUGAGCUCAGAUGCAAUAGAAACGAGGCUUGGUAUUGAUUUUGGAGACUACUACAAAUCAACAUCUUUAUAUCAACAAAACAAGGCCUUAGUUCAAGAUUUAAAAUCUCCACCUCAAAAUUCAAAAGAUUUACACUUUCCUUCACAAUAUUCACAAUCAACACUAAGCCAGUUCAAACUAAUCCUCUGGAAGCUAAAAUUGACUUACUGGAGAAAUCCUGACUACAAUCUUUCGAGAUUUUUCUUCACACUCGCUGCUGCGUUACUAAUCGGAUCGAUAUUCUGGAGAGUAGGAACAAAGAGGGAAAACAGCAAUGAUCUCACAACAGUUAUUGGAGCCAUGUAUGCAGCAGCGAUAUUUCUCGGAAUAAACAACUGUGCAACGGUGCAGCCAGCAGUCGCCAUCGAGAGGACAGUUUUCUACAGAGAGAGGGCUGCAGGGAUGUACUCAGUCUUGCCUUAUGCAAUGGCACAGGUGAUCACAGAGAUACCCUAUGUGUUUGUGCAAACCACAUACUACACACUGAUAGUAUACACCAUGGUGAGAUUCGAGUGGGAGCCUAUCAAGUUCCUCUGGUUCUUCUUCGUCAACUUCUUCUCCUUUCUCUACUUCACAUACUUCGGAAUGAUGAAUGUCUCUGCCACGCCAAACCUUCACCUUGCUGCAGUCGUCUCCAAUGCCUUCUACUCCGUUUUCAACCUCUUCUCCGGCUUCUACAUACCCGGACCAAACAUUCCAACAUGGUGGAUUUGGUACUACUGGAUUUGUCCGAUGGCGUGGACAGUUUACGGGCUGAUCGUGUCUCAGUAUGGGGACGUGGAGGACGAUAUUAGAAUAGAGGCAACAGCUCUUAAAGCAAGUGUAAGGAGCUAUGUUGAAGAGCAUUUUGGAUACAAGCUGGACUUCAUGGGAGAAGUUGGUGUGGUGUUGAUAGGUUUCACACUCUUCUUUGCCUUCAUGUAUGCUUAUUGUCUCAAAACACUCAAUUUCCAAAAGAGAUGAUGCAUUAAU